AUGGUAUUCCGGGAGAUCUUCCGCCGCGAUGCCACCAAUGGUGACGCCGGAUCGACACAUGAGCGAUCUGCAGAUGAGAAAGCUCUUGUGCGAAGGUUGGACAUGUUCUUGCUGACCUUUGGUUGCCUUUCGCAAGUGAUCAAAUAUCUCGACCAGCAGAACAUCAAUAAUGCCUAUGUGUCCGGUAUGCAAGAGGACUUAAAGUUAUAUGGCAAUGAGCUGAACCUUUUCACGACCUACUUUAAUGUCGCAUACUGUAUCAUGCUCAUUCCUUCACAAAUCAUCCUUACUUAUGUUCGGCCAAGCUUCUGGCUGCCCGGGCUAGAGCUCAUUUGGGGCCUUCUCACUGGCCUAGUUGCUUUGGCGACAGAGGCAAAACAGAUCUAUGUCCUCCGCGUGUUCCUCGGCCUCUGCGAAAGCAGCGCAUGGCCUGGCAUGAUGACCCUGCUCAUGUACUGGUACACUCCGACCGAACUCGCCAAGCGCAUGGGCUUCUAUCAUUCGUGUCAGGCAGUUGGCCAAAUGAUGUCUGGUGCCCUACAGGCCGCCAUCUCCGAUACGUUGGACGGCCACAGCGGGCUGGCAGGAUGGAGAUGGCUCUUCGUGAUUAACGGUGUCAUCACGGUGGUUUGGGGAUUUGCAGGGUUCUUCAUGAUCCCCGAUCUCCCAAAUAAGCCCAACCCACGGGCCUUCUGGUUCGAAAAGGUGCACGCCGAAUUAUCACUCGAGCGGCUCGAGCGACACGGACGAGCAGAGCCAAACAAGAUGACCUGGGCUGCCGUCAAGCGCACCUUUUCCGGCUGGGUCGUCUACUUCAUUGCGGUGCUGUAUAUUGCCACCGUUCUAGGAACGUACGGCUACGUCUACUUCAAUCUGUUUCUCAAAUCGCUCCACAACCCCGAUGGAAGUAGACGGUGGACCACGUCCGAAGUCAACGCGAUUCCCAUCGACCCGAUGGACUCUGAUUGUGCUUCAGGGGGUCAUUGGCAUCAUCCCUGCAUUAUCAUGAGCGCCUGGACUUCGAAUCCCUCGUCCGUCCCGCUGUCGGGUGCGUAUGCGGCAUACUUUAUCUCUUAUAUCUGUCUCGGAACUGCGCCUCUGAUCAUGGCGUGGCUCGCAGACAUUAUCCCGCAAGAUCCCGAGUCGCGCUCGCUCAUUGUGGGUGUGGCGGUUGCUGGCUACUACGCUAUUUCGGCCUGGUCGCAGGUUCUUGUGUGGCCUGCGUCGCAGGCUCCGUAUUACCGCUACGGCUGGCAGUCUUCCUUGGCGCUGCUUGUUCUUGUCAUUAUUAUGACUUGUGCUUUGCGGUACAUUGAUGUGCGAUAUCUCUUACCGAAACGAGCGCUUUUCCAAGCGGCAUUGGACAGUCAAGAUGUUGGGCCUAAGGACCUUGCAGACGAUCGUAGCGAGGGACCUCGUAAGCUUUCAGACCCUGAUCGAAAGGUCAUUGGGUCCUCGUCGAUUACAGAGGUUUGA